AUGUCUUGGGACUCAGACUUUUGGAAUAUCACAAGCCAUGCCUACUCAGAUGAGAGUGUGAAGACAGAGCCUUUAUCACCAGCUGCUUCGACGUGUUCGGUCCCUUCUCCAUCGUCUGUGGACUCUCCAGUGCAGAACGUGCCUGACGAUGUGGACUUCAGCUGUAGCUCCCAGAUGUCUCCCUUCUCCCUUUACAGCAAGAGUUCCGGAAGCCCCUCGUCCCCUGAGGGAGAAGGAGGGAAGAAGCCUGCUGGCUUCCCAUCUCGAUCUGCAAGUACUUGUGGGAGGACCCUGAAGAGGUGCGCUCAGACAACAACCAGGCCUUCAAUACAACCCAAACCCCUCUUGCCUGCUGUACCUGAGAGUCAGGCUAACAUUGGUAUCCCAGCUAAAACCAUCAUUAUUCAGACUCUUCCAACACUUGUGCAACUACCAAAGCAUCAGCCAGUUGUUAACAUCCAGCCAGCCCCUCCUAAAGGUAGGUGGAAAAUCCUGUUUCCGUGUGGAACGGUUACUGCACUGGAGUUCACNNGGGUCCCCCCGCCCUCCCAGCCGCUCCUGGCCGUCGCGGGAGGCAGCGCGCAGCUCCGCAGCCCUGCCGGGACGGCACACGCCACGGCGGGGGGCAAAGUGGCCAUGGCCAAGCCCUUGCUGCAAAGCAGCGCUCCGACAGCGGCCCUGGAUGUCAAUAUUUUGAGAAGACAGCAGCGCAUGAUUAAAAACCGGGAGUCAGCCUGUCAGUCACGGAAGAAGAAAAAGGAAUACAUGCUGGGGCUGGAGGCCAGGCUGAAGGCAGCCUUGCUGGAGAAUGAAAGGCUCAAGAGAGAGAAUGGCUCCCUGAAACGGCAGCUGGAUGAAGUGGUGCUGGAGAACCAGAAACUCAAAGUCUCAUCUCCAAAGAGAAGAACUCUGUGUGUGAUGGUGAUUCUGGCUUUCAUAAUGCUGAAUUAUGGUCCACUCAG